UCAUUCCAUCAAUCCGGGCUAAUGGUCUCUCUUCCCCCAAUUUCCACCAUCCCUACUAGUGCCACUGUCACUGAAAUGUCAUCUUCAAGUGCUCCAGUUUAGCCCAGAAUUGCACGUGUGGCCCAUCUUACCUGCUGCUGUCAAUCCUGAUGUGCCCUCGCUUAAUCAAAUUCUUCCUUCCCUUUUCCAGCCGCCUUUCUUUGAUUGAACAUCGUAUAAUUUUAUAUUAAUUUUUUUGAUGCAUUAAUUAUCAGAUAUUGGGUUUUUAUAUCUUCAACGGGCACGUUUUUUGUAAUUACUUCUUGUUGUCCAAUUUGAGAUAAAAAUUAUGAAUUAACUAAUUUCCUCAAAAAUUCCAUUAUUUGUUUACCCUUGACUUUAGAUGGUAUGAUGAUUUGUGAAAGGAUGAUUUUGUUAAUGGUUUUAUUUUGUUCGCUUUCGAUCUCUUUUGGAGUUUAUGUCAAACAAGAAGACAGUUGGAUAGAAUUUCAAUUGAAUCGGACAGAAACCAAGUAUUUAGUCGACAUUCAAAUUCAUAUAAUUGAACUACAUUCUUCUGAAUUCAAUCUCGGAAACGCCGCGAUUUUAACAGUUUUCAGUCAUGAAAACAAAGAGAGCAAUCUCGAAUUGCUUCUCCAAAAAACAGGAGACGACGAUCGAAAUAGCCUGGAUUAUAUUGUCAAAUAUGGAAAACAACAGAUACCUAUUGCAAAGUUUCGAACGGAUAUUUAUCACGAUUUUAAAACCACCGAUAUCAGAGUGGUACUCUCUAGAUUCCACCUAACAGUUCAGUUUGCCGAAUCUUCUUCGCGUGUGCAAUUGGCAGAAGUAGUACCCUACUUUAAUUUCUCGACGCUACAACUCGGUACGAAGGAUUCGAAGUCGCUGAUAGCUUGCUAUGAGGAACUUAAGGUGAACGAAGCACUGCUAAUCGAAGAAGAAGCUCUCAACUCAAUAGAAAAAAAACAUGUUGUUGGAUACUCCAAUGUCGUGUCGCGAUGUCUUCCGUUGAACCCUUGCUUUGUGAUAGAAUGUCCUCAAGGUUCUACUUGCGUAGAAGCGGACCACUAUGCCUUUUGUGUCGAAAUUGGAGACUCGGAAACGGAUAAAGGGCUUCAAGGGGAUUCGGGCCUCGGUGGACCCCGUAAGCCGACGGCUACUCAAAUUCUGAAAUCGCUCAACGUCGAUGAAGGCUGGAAAGUUGCUAUUGAUGUAUCAGAAAUAACUUUACCAGAAGAAGUAUUGGCAAAAAACGUGUUCUUUAACGUGACUAGAUCAGGUUUAACAUCGCUGCAGCAUGGAACAAUUUUGAACAAAAAUGAGAAGACUUUAACCAUUUUUAACUUCGAACCUGCGCGAGCGGGAAAUAUAUUUUACCAGCACAAUGGUGGCGAAAACUCGAAUGAUAAAAUAGUGAUGCAAAUCUUGACUAGAACUCAAUUUAAUACUUUCAAACCGGAAAGUUUUGUUUAUAUUCCGGUGUCAAUUAACCCAAUCAAUGACCAGCCGACUCUUUACAUAGACUGGAAUCUGAAGUUCUUAGUGGAAUCAGGGUCUAUGAGGGAACUAACAGAAAAGGAAUUGGACAUCAAAGAUUCAGAUGACAGCGCAAAAGAUUUAAAACUUUUUGUAAUGUCUAUAAGCCAAGAGUUUUCAGAAGUCUCUAUUGUACGUAAAGUUCAGACAUCUGGUAAAGAUUUUAGAACUGAAUCUGUUUCUUCAUUCACGUACCAAAACAUGCUUGACCGCGAAGUGUUUGUCAAACAUGAAAGCAAAAAUGCGGGAAAUCAAGCGAAAUCUGUGAGAAUUGAGCUACAAGUUGCGGACUUGAAAUCUUUCGGCAACAAGACUUUUCUGCACGUUGAAAUCGUAGACGUGAGAUUGCAUGUAAUAAAUGAACGAUUUCUGACGAUCGUUGCGGACUCGCCUUUGCUUUUAACCGAAGAGGCUUUGAGCAUAGCUGUGUACCCUGAAAGCGAAUCUCUUUUUGUGAAUGCGGAUCAAGGUCGCCUGAAAUAUUUAGAAGAUAUGAUAACUAUCGCAGUUACAAUUCCAGAUCCUAGUCAAAUUGAUUCGCAAAAAUUGGAUCAUCUGGAUAAUUGGCAAUCUGCGUUCGAAUUUUCUCAAGGUGAGCUAAGAGCUGGGAAAGUACGAGUUGUAUCACGCAUAAGUCCGGACGUGGGUUCAAACCAGAACGGUUUCCUCGACCUCAGAGCGAAGUAUAAAAAUCAGCUGAAGUUUUUCAGGAUGAGCUAUAUGAUAACAUUACAAUCUUUCGACGUGAACCUGAAUAACUAUUUUGUCUUCGGCUCGGAUACAUUUUCGCAGACAAUCACGGGAACUGAUUUGUCAGCAAAGUUGUUCCAGCCGCAUCCGUCUCAUACAGUGCCUGCCAAUGAUAUCAUUUACACAGUGACGAGGGUUCCGGAAUAUUCAUACAUCUAUUUAAACCAAUCAAAUAACUCGAUGUUUCAGACUCAAGAAACAUCUGUACUUGGUGUGGGGUCAAAGUUCACGCAAAGUCAACUUAAUUCUGAGAAAAUGUUUUUGAGAAGAAAGUUACAGGCGCUGACGAGUGUAACGGAUCAGUUUUUGUUCACUGUAGAAAUAAACAGCUUAGUGUCAAACAUUUUCUCUUUUUUGGUCCAUGUUACGGCUAUUCGGAACUCCAACUUUAGAUUUCAUCAGAACACUUUGAGUGUGGAUGAAGGCGAACAGAUAGUAUUGACUUCUUCGGUAUUAUCAGUAUCGUGCUCUUUUUCCGAUAACUUCUUUUUCUACAUUACCCAAUACCCGACGCAUGGACGACUUGAAGUUGUAGGAACCAGAAUGAGAAAACUAGUAGCGUUCACCUACUCGGAAUUAAAGCGAGGAGUUGUGUCGUAUAUACAAGACGGAUCCGAAAGCCGAACAGACGAAGUGAAACUUCUAUUGUCCCCCAUUACGAUUCCAACAUUUACUUCCAAAACUGGUAAGGACUACAAGUUACCGAUAAAUAAUAUCAGCAUAAUUUUAAACAUCUCAAUAAACCUAAUACCUGACAAUCGGCCAGUUGUCGUGAACAACAAGGUGAUUAAUAUAACCUACUCGGAUAUGAUUUUAAUAACUUCGGAUAUUCUGAAAUGUCAUGAUCCAGAUAUUGACCAAACAGAUGCGAAUAUUUCGUACACCAUUAAACCUUCGGAUCCGAGUUUGAAGUUCCUAAACUGUAAAAGUAUUGAACAAGUUCUGAAUAUUUUCACUCAGCAAGACAUCCAAGAUUUGAAGAUCUGCUUCCGCCAGCAAGCUGACACACCAAGAUCUGAAUCCAUUAUAAGAGCAACAAGCUCAGACCCUAGUGUGAAAAAUUUAGCGGAUGAGAUUUUGAUUACAAUACAUAUCAAAAUUGUAGAUCCGUUUCUCGUAGCCAAGACUUCCCAAGAGAUAUUUCAAAUUCAAAGGGCGCAGAAACUGAAGCUAGACGCGAGCAUAAUACAGAUAAAUUCUAGUAUUUAUCUUGACCCUUUUCGGACCAUGAUUGCUUUUCAAAAAACCAUUUACGGAAAAAUCAUGAGCAAUAAAACCGUGGUGAUUCAGGAGUUUUCAUAUUGGGACUUUUUGAAACAACUUAUUUCGUAUGAGCAUACAUCAAACAUCGGAGAUGUGUUUGAAACAAUAGCGUUAACCGUUUAUGCCCAGAACUUCCAGAGUACCGUCUCAUUUCGAAUAAGAAUAGUCGAAGAUAUGAAGGCGCCGAGUAUUGCAAGUCUUCAGACAUUUUACGUCAUUAAAGGAAAAGAAACAGUUUUAAGUAGAAACAACUUGAAAGCUGUGAAGCCGUAUGAAAAUAGCACCCUUGAGUUUUUAUUAGUUGAGCUGCCUCGAAAUGGAGUCUUUUUCUUCAAAAACAAUUUCGGCCCAAACUCUAUAUUUCGAUUUUCGCAAAGCGACAUCGAUCGUGGCUUAGUCGUCUACAAAGCUCUCAAGAAUUCGAUGAACGAUCGAGUUCGGUUAAAUGUUUCAAAUUUCGACCGGGUUGUUGGACCUUUCGAUCUUGAAAUUGUGAUUUUGCCUGAAGAGAUGAAUAUAGAAACGAUAGAUGUGCAGAUUGGACAGGGAAAAGUGUUCCGAGUUCGUGACUUCGUGUCAGUAAAAAAGCGAGACUAUGAUAUAAUAGAAAUGAGUGUGGAGAUGAUGCAGUAUCCUUUCCAUGGACAAUUGAGACUACAGCAGAAUGCCAGUGCAUCAUCUCCCGCAUUCUUUCCAAUGUCAUGGACUCAAUUUUCAGACGUCGUCUACUUCCACGAUGACUCACCAGACAGAACAGACAUGCUUGCGUUCAGACUGACAAAUGAGUCACUAGGUUUGAAAACAGACUGGAUUGCAUUGACGAUCAGAAUCAAACCGCAGGAUAGAAACCCGCCUGUGAUGCUCACAACAGGAGAAUGGAAAAUUGUGAAUGGCCAGAGUUGCAUCAUCACUCCCCAGGUACUGCUGGCCCAGGACGGGGAGAGUGUGGAUCUGGACCUGGUCUACGUCAUCAAGGAAGUCACUAGUGGCAGCGUGGUUCUGGUGGAAGGUACAUCCAGACAGGUUGUCUCUAACUUCACCCAGAGGCAGAUUAAUAACGGAGAUGUUUUAUUCCAGCACAAGUAUACACAAGAUCCUCUUCAAUCAGGAAGCUUUGCAGAGAUAAUCUUUAGUGUAUCAGACGGGAUAAACGCUCUGUUAGACCAGUACUUGCGGAUAUUUCCGCAGCCCCUGGAACUAGUCUCGGUCCAGCAAAACGAUUUCCUUUCAGUUCACCCGGGUAUCACUCAUCCGAUACCCUAUGACGUCUUGGCUGUGACGACAAACGACGACUGUGCCGACGACUACGCAUUCAAAUACGAUGUAGUUGAGAGGUCGGGUGUCGGUCAGAUCCAGAUGUUGGACUACAGUAGCACCUCUUUUUUCUACGACCGCUCCAUAAAGUCAGAGAACGUGGCGUUUUUUGCCCCAUGGAAUAACUACUCGUGGCCAAAAUUUGAAAAUAUUAAUUUUGAGGUAACGAUUCCGGGAAGGGAUGUAAAACCAAUACCAAUGGGUUUAAGAGUCAAAUUAGACUUCAACAUUUUGGCCCCUGAUUACCAAAGUCCGUUGAUUACGAAUAAGAAGUUCACAGUUUUUCAACGUGAAGUAACAUACAUUACGCAGAAAGAACUGGACGCAUCAAAUUUGCUCUAUCACAUGCAGUCUUCGCCUAAUUAUGAAUUGAGAGAAAUCAGUUACACGAUAACGCAACCGCCCCAAAACGGAAAUAUUGGAUCGAAUGGAAAAACUGUCACGCAAUUCAGCCAAUCAGAUUUGAAUAAUAAGAUAAUAUACUACAACCAUACUACUUCGGUGCGUGAGUCAAAUUCAGAUUUCUUCUUGUUUGAAGUCACAGUUCCAAAACGGGACAUAGUGGAAGGGAAGCGAGGCGAACAAAAUCUGACGUUUCCGGGGCCAUCAUUCAAUAUUACAGUCGUCACCCGAAACCAUCCAUUUGCACCUGUUGUCCUGGUUACACGAGCGCCUCAGCUGCAAGUUGUGCAGAGUUAUUACGCAAUAGUUAACUCGUCAGUGCUGAAAUCUCGUGAUGAAGAUACGAAUCGCGAUAUGGUUGAAUAUAGAGUCGAGACUAGAAAUCUUUCUGGUUUCUUCGCUUUCGUUUUUGACCCCCUCAAACCUGUAUACGUUUUCACACAGUCUGAUAUCGACAACAACAUGCUAGCGUUUUACUCUCAAUCUUCGUCAUUGGAAAAACUCUCAUUUGAAAUGACUGUUCGCGAUUUGAUCUCACAACUGAAUCCAAAUACGGAAAUUGCGUUCACAUUCGUAGUUCAACCAGUGAAGUUUCGACUGGAAGUUCUCGGAUCUCGAGUGAUUAAUUUAGAGCAAGGCGAUUGGUCGACGAUAAUUGAGAAAGAAACAAUAACUGCCUACACCAACGCUGACAUAGAUUCACUCAAGUUUAAAGUCAUGAAGCGUCCUCAGUUUGGUCAACUAAUUCUGAAUGACAUGCCAGUUUUUGACUACCAGAAGUUCGGGGUGAAAAUGAUCGAUAACAAACAACUUGUUUAUGCAAUGCGAAGAGACCGAGAUGCAACAAGCGAUUAUGACAAUUUUCGACUGCAAAUCGACUAUGGCGACCGAGGUGAUUUCGCUCAAAAUAUUGACAUCGAUAUUCGAGUGAUUCCUUUAUUCUCGACAUCAACUUUAUACAUACUGCCUAACCAAACGCUGCCUCUUACAGAAACAAACCUAAACGCCACUUCGCUUUCUAAAAAGACAGGCCAAGUUUCCCUUUUCCAAAUAGAACAAGAGCCAACCUUUGGCAGUUUAUGGGACACGUCGAAAAAUAGUCGGAUAAUGAAAUCUAGUUACUUCGACGGCAAUAGUUUAGCCCAGAAACAGAUCGAGUACAGGGCGCGUCCUUUUGGACCUGGAGUCGAUGACGUAAGAGAUGGUGUUGUGAUCAAAGUAGGAACCCGUUACAGUCAAAAUAUAUACCCUAAUGCGCAAUGGGUGACGGGAAAACUGUCUAUUUUAAUUUCAACCACUCCCUACAUACCAUCAACGCCUCGCGGGCCAGGAAUCGGAGGUAUGAUGCAAGGUUCUGGAAACAAAGAUUUAAUUGCAAUUCUUAUCCCAGUUUUCCUGUUUCUCAUUUUGUUUUGUCUAAUUGGAGUAUUCCUAAUGCGUAGACAUCAGAGGAAGCGUAGCAUGAAUAACCAAGUGGAAAAAAGUCCGGGGUCUAUGGCAACUCCAAUGGAAUACUCCAAAAAUGGAAUGUUCAUGCCGCUUUCAGGCAGUCGCAACGACGCCAAUGCUCAACAGUUUCCACUGCUUGGUCUCAAAAACGGACCGUCCAAGUCGCAAAGCGAUGAUCUGUUUAUAGACGAAAAGUUCAAAGGUCAAUCACCACAGUACUUAAACCAGAUGAAAAACGAAUACAGAGAUGCUCAUCAGAUACACCACGGCACUCCUUUGGCAUCCGACCGGCUCAUUGGUGCUUCCAACGGUAAUUCAUUUCCAACUAUGGUCCAGAACACCGCCUCUAACAGAGGAACAUUUCCCAGAAAUUUCCCUACAGUCAGCGAGACACGACUAGUAACGGCGUCAGAUUAUAACCAAAGUUUUGAAGUGGAUCCCUUGCAUAGCGGGUACAGUGGAAGUGACUGGUCCUCCGGAGCAGGUCCGGGAACAGCUUACCCCCCUGGGUACAAUGACGAUGUCAUUUCUGAGAGGUACAGAGACUCCCCAGUUGGUGUGUCGCAUCACCCGACAAUUAAAGCAGUAGUACGAGUGGAUUCGAGAGGUCACAUUGAGACACGAACAGUCCCGGUAGUGGAUGAGUACGAUCGCUACACUUCGCGGCAUAACAAUUACGAUCACCGAGCCCAAACUAGUCCGAAUAUGAUGCAUAGCAACAACAACAUUCCAACUACAGUUUCUGUUAACACAGUCAACAAAACGCCACUUAGACAAAGCCAAUACUGGCUCUAAUUAAACUUGUAUUUUAUUUUUGAUUUGAAUGAACACAUUAUCAAAAUCUAAUUGGAUCAAAAAUUACAUUAAACCAGGGGUGGACGCUCUCCCCCCAGGGAGUCGACCCCCUGCCGACCCAAAGGGUCCCCCCUUUUUACUAUUUUGAGAUAUCCAUAUUUGGUGACGGACCCUGAAAAUUUUCUAAAGACGCGUU